CAGUUGCUUUCCUACAGCGGGACGGGCGAGUGCACGUGUGGUCACAGCAGCAGCAGCAGAAUCAUCCGCAAUGGAAGCAGUUAAGGACGUAAAGAAGUCGAUGGCCGUGAACCUGGGCGACCUCAUGGAUGCUGGGGACGACGCCAUGGUCAUACUCGUGGCAGGCGACACACGGCUGGUGGUGCACAGGGCCGUCCUGGUGGACAGGAGCCCCGUGUUCGAGGCCAUGUUCGCCCACGACACCCUCGAGGCCAGCAGCGGCGCGGUGAGCAUCGCAGACGUGGGGGGCCCGGUGCUGAGGCAGCUGGUCUCCUACCUGUACACCCUGCAGGCCCCCCAGCUGCCCAGCGCGGUCCCCGAGCUGCUGGCCACAGCGGACAAGUACGGGCUGUUGAGCCUGAAGGCGGAGUGCGAGCGGCAGGUGGCCGCCCAGCUGACCGUGGAGACCGCGGCGGCUGCAGCCACCCUCGCGGUCCGCCACUCCUGCUGCAGCCUCAGGCAGGCCGCACUUGCCUUCAUCAAGUCCUGUCCGUUCGAGGUGAUGGCCACUCAGGGAUGGGCAGAUGCCAUGCGGAAGCAGCCGGAAGACCUAAUUGAAGUCAGUCGGCUGCUGUACGAUCCACCGCCACAAACCAGCACACCAGUCUCUACACAGCUGAGACCCACCGCCGCUGCCACCACCACCACCACCGCUGCCACCACUACCAGCACACUCUGCCAGACCCCUGCUGCAGCUGCUCUGUCCACGUCUCCUCCACUUGAUGAAGCAACCGUCUCUCGCCUGCGAAGCCUCUCUGCAGACGAGAGAGACAGGAGGCUGAUCAAGGUGGCUAACCAGGGGUCGGUGGGGGAGCUGAGGGAGCUGCUCGCCGCGGGGGCCGAUGUGGGGGCUCGGAGCACGGCUGGAUUUACUGCCCUGCACUAUGUAGCUGUCAGAGGAGACGUCAAGGCGGCGAGGUGGCUGGUGAAGGCUGGUGCAGCGCUGGACGCCAGGAGCAACUGCCAGAACAUGCCUUUGCACUUGGCUGCACUGCGGGGCAACGCGGCUGUGGUGCAGCUGCUGCUGACAGCGUCUGCCGACCCCAACGCAAGGGCUAGCGAUGGGUUGACGCCGCUGCAUUGUGCGGCAUUAAAUGGCCAUGCAGAAGCGGCGGCCAAGCUGCUCGAGGCGGGGGCCGACAGGAGGGCGAGAACUGAUAAUGGGCGCACAGCAGUGGACUUCGCCAGGGUGUACAGCACGCAGCUGAUGCAAAUCUUGUCAUGAGACAACCAGUCCACAAACUCGUCUGAAAAAAAAUAAAAAAUAAAAAUAAUAAAAAAAUAAAGUGGAACAGCGUCUCCAGAUUUUCAAAUAAAGACAAAAACUGAAUCCUUCUGUCACUCACAAAUUUUACCCCUCCUCAACUAGCAUACUGCACACAUACUCCAAGCACCACUGCGACAAAACAGAGAGAAAGCUAUGUAACAGUAAAGUAAUUCAGGUAACAGGCAACCUUCCUCUCAAGAAAAAUGUCUCAAGUACACUUCUAAACUUUGAAAAAGUCAACAGUUCAUUGCGAAUAAACACAACUACUCUAUAAUAUGUGAUCGGUGAAAAGCAUUUCACACCCACCUAGAAGGUCCUAUACCAGACUAUAGCAAUUUGUAGCACGCUAAGAUUUCUGCUAUAUGAGUUCUCUCACUAGAAUUUCCACCUCUGAUAUCAGACUCAGUUUACUACUGCAUAUUCAGCAAACGUUUUACAGUAUUGUACUUCCUGUGUUUAAUUACAAUGAGAUAUUAGUAGAGGUAUUCACACCACAUAACGCGCUUAUCAUCUGGAACCAUACGGUUAGGCCACACGUAACUAAACAAUCAAAGCACAACCUCAUACCUUACAGUUCCCACACAGCUGUCAUGCUGCCUAACGCACCACUACCUGCCGGACGACACGGACCUUUGCUCUGAUGUUACAGUAUAAGACAGUAAGCUUCCCCCGCUUUCCUCCACAUCCCCCUGCCGAUGGCCUGCAGUGCAGUUCUCUCAGCCAGACGCCGCCGCAAGUAGCGCCCUCAUUGUCCCAGGCGGCGAUCUGCAGAACUACGGCACUCACCAGCUGGGCACCACAAUGUCACACCUAUUCCACUACCAAAGCACCUAAUUCUGUUAAACUGUGCACACAAAAAUAGCUCUGCAAUUUACAAAAAUAAAUAGGAAAUUAGUAUGAUCUUCAGUGCCAAUGGUUAAACACUGAAUUACAGCUCGGAAGCAAACAGCAGCUACACCGUAUCUUCGAAGCUCUCAUACAGCAGCAAUGUAAUAUAAAACUCCAGAAUGAGA